ACUAAGAGAUUUUAAUCACUCCUGUCGCUUUAAGGACACUUAUCAAAGCCUUAUUAUGCGAAUAGAAAAUACCAUGAGCCACUGAGCAACGCAGCGACCAAGGGACGGAUUGGAGUGGAUUUAUAGGAAACUUAACCAUGAUCUAAACUGGAAUAGACCGCUUCCAAGCCUUAUGGAGUUUGAUUACACAGUGGAUGGUUGUGUUAUUCGGACGGAUCGGAUCAUUUAGGAAAUAUUGCGCAUAAGUAGCUGCCAGACUUGGGAUCCCUGCCCCUGACGCGCAUAGAGGAAUAUGGCUUAAAACUUGUCAAUGCCUAUAGGAUUAUUCAGCCAUUUAACAACCACAAUCGAUAAGUACUUGUCCACCAGCGUGUGCGUGUGUGUUUUUCCGGACGGAUAUUCUCCCAAGCUCUUUAUUUGACAGCCUUGGAUCAUGGAUUGGGGUGGUGGAAAACAACAACGGGCAGCGACAUGAUUUCUCUGCGCUGUCUGCGGUAUGCAGCGAGGUUAGGCUGUAACAUCGGCUGGUAUUAUUCCGAUGCAACAAAAGUUACAAAGCGGGUCUAAUGCGUGGAUUUUAACUGUUUGGCCGUUUUGCACCUGCUUUAACGGAGAACGCGUCGACAUAGUGCAGAUUCGUGACAAAAUAACGUGUGGAAUCCGCGGCGCUUUGCUUUCUCUCUCUCUCUCUAUCGCCUGCAUGGGAUACUUGAACAUUUGCUUAUUGUAAGGGAGAUUGGGGAGGUUUAUACUCAAGGUCAUUGAGUGUUAUUAGCCUAUAUUUGCGCUGUUAUUUACACACACAUACCCCUACCCUCUCGUUAUAGCGCAGCCUAUAAUUCUCAGUCCAGUGUGUAUUAUUUGUUAUUACAGGGUGCAGCGACCAUUUAGGCGAGCUUAUACCGUGGAGUGACAUAUAGCCUAUAUAUUAAAAUAUACAUUGUUUAUUUUGACAUCGCAACCUUUUACAAAUAACAUGGAUGGGAAAUUGAAGCAGGGUCGGAGAUGCCGGGCCAAGCGGGAGAGGGUGCGGAGGUUGCGGGAGGCAGGGAGCAGAGACGCCCGCAGCCCCGACCCCAACUCCUCCUGCUCCGACAGGGAGGGACACAGUCCGGGGAGGGACGCCGCCUCCCUGGCCGGUAAAAAGGCUCCGCACCCCGCAGCCGCCGCCAGAGCCCCGCGUCCCCCGCGGAGGAAGAGACGGGAGUCCAGCUCUCAGGAGGAGGAUAUCAUUGAUGGAUUUGCUAUCGCCAGUUUCAUCAGCCUGGACCGUCUGGAGAAGAAGACCGGCGUGGUGAAGACGCAGGAGAAGAAGGAGCGCUGGAAGGAGAAAAAGGCGGCGAAGCGGCAGAGGAAGGAGGAGGAGGAGGUGGAGGAGGAGGAGGAGAACGUCCAGCCCGUCAUGGACCCCCUGGAGAACGGCUUCCUCCACCAUGCCCAGCGCGAGCAGGAGAGGAUGAACGAGAGGCUGCUGAAGAAGACCUACUCCAAGAAGAACAAAACGAUCAAGCCUUUGGCGGUUCGUCCGGUGAAAGUGAGCGAAGACGAGGCGGUGCAGGAGCUCAGCCGACCCCACAGGAGCAACUCCAAGGAGCAGCUCAGCGAGAGCUCCACUCACUCGCUGUCAGGCCGCGGCUACUCGUGUGACAGCGAGAGUGACAUUGACGACAAGGUGUCUGAUGUAGGAUCUGAGAAGCUCUUUUCCCCCACCACACCCAAAGGUGUGCCGACGAAUGAGAGUCCCGAGUCCAAGACUUGCAGCUCGGCCAAAGUCUCGGGGCUCCAGCGCAGCCAGGAGCAGAGCAACAGCGAGGUGCCGUUCGCGCCUCCCGUGCCCAGCCCCACCCCGGCCUCGGCGCCCACGGGCUCCCCUGCCCCGGCUGCAGCGGCGGCCCCCCCGGAGCCGCCCAGGACCCGCCUCCCCACCCCACCUCCUCUCAGCGUCAAGAAGGAGCAGCAGCCUCCGCCCCCUGUCCCCACCCCUCCCCUGCUGAGGGCCCCGCCCCACCCUCUGCCCCACCCUCCUCACCCGCACGUGGAGCCCCGGGUGCUCCCACCCCCGCAACACCACACCCGGCCCAUUAUCAACCACCAAGUGCAUCACCCGCUGCAGUACCCCGGCCUCCACGACAUCAGCCACAGCAGCAGCCCGGUGGGCCUUUCCAAACACCCCCUGCCCCCCUCCCCUCACCACCACCUCAGCGGGCUCCCGUCCACGGCCCCGGCCUUGCCCCUGUCCAUAACCAACCUCUCUACCUCGCACUAUUCGUCCUUACGGAGCCCGGCCCAUCGCCAUCCGGCCAUGUUUGCAACCCCCGCCACACUGCCGCCACCGCCGACUUUACCGACCAACAGCUUAGUGGUCCCCGGGCACCCUGCCGGCACCCCCUACCCAGAGCAUGACCUCCUGAGGCAGGAGCUGAACAACCGCUUCCUGGUUCAGAGUUCGGAGCGGGGCCGGGGGCCGUCCGCCUCGCCGCUGGCCCCCGUGUCGCUCCUGAGGGCUGAGUUUCACCAACACCAGCACAUGCACCAGCACCAACACACGCACCAGCACACCUUCACGCCCUUCCCCGCCAGUCUGCCCCCGGCCGCCAUCCUCACCCCGCCCACCGCACCCCCCAUGGUGCGUACCCAAGCCAGAAAUUUUGACAAGUACUCCCCCAAACUGGACAAUCCAUUCAUCAGACAUUCGAACUUUUUCCCCUCCUACCCCCCCACCAUGCCAGGCAUGCCCCCGCUGCUCCCACACUCAGGACCCUUCAGCUCGCUGCAAGGAGCCUUCCAGCCCAAGGCAUCCAAUCCCAUUGAUGUAGCGGCUCGUCCGGGGGCAGUACCUCACACACUCCUACAGAAGGAUCCACGGAUAACAGAUCCAUUCAGGACGUCCGUGAGAAAACCUGGCAAGUGGUGCGCGGUGCAUGUCCAGAUUGCAUGGCAGAUCUACCACCACCAGCAGAAAAUGAAGCAGAUGCAGCUGGAUCCUCACAAGCUGGACAUGAACGGGAAGCUGGACCUGUUCAGCCGGCCCCCUGCCCCCGGAGUCUUCCCAGGGUUCCCGUACCCCCAUGACCUGGCGCGACCCCUCUUCUCUUCCACGGGCUCUGGUCACCCAGCGCCUUCCCCCUAUGGCCCCACCCCGCACCCCAGUGGCUUCCUGCCUCCUAGCCAUUUGGCAGGUAAGUAUCCUUUCAGUCGCUCCAGUACCUUUGGCGGCCUCGGCAACCUUUCAAGCAGUGCCUUCGGAGGAUUAGGCAACCCCUCGCUUGGCACCAACAGUGUGUUUGGCCCCAAGGAGGGACCCGGGGGGCUGCCCAGCUUCAGCAGCCCCCACCACGACACCUGGAACAGGCUCCACCGCACCCCGCCGUCCUUCCCCACCCCGCCGCAGUGGCCCAAGUCCGCCGACGCCGAGAGGAGCAGCUCGGCCAACAGCCACGACAGAGAGCGAGAGCGGGAACGGGAAAGAGAGAGGGAGAGGGAGAGGGAGCGGGAGAGAGAGAAACGAGACUCGUCCAUCGGGAAGGAGGAGAAGGAUAAAGACAGGGAUUCAGUGGAUCGCAACCGCCACUCCAACCGCUCAUCCCCCGCCUCGGCGCCAGUCAGCUACCAGAUCAGCAGCCUGAUCCGCUCAAACAGCCAGAACUCCACUGAUUCGGGUCGCCACCACAGUGGCAGCGUAGACCGGGUCCGUGAGGCAGAGAAGGAGAUGCUGGAGCGCCACCGGGAGUCCUCGACGCUGGGGGAUGUGAAGGUGAAGGAGAGCCGCUCGCCUGGCAAGGAGGUGCUGGAGAGGAGACCCUCAGAAGACUCCAUCAAACCCGCUCAUCGGUCUCCCUCCCCAUACUCGAAGGUGGCAAUCAACGAUCAGGGCAUGAAGAUGGCGGGCGGGCCCCCGCCCACGCUCAAGGAUGGUGAAAGGAAAGAGCCCCCACCUGCAGAGCUGCUGCAAAAGGUGAAGAAUGACAUGAAGAUUAAGGAGGAGAGGAAGGAGGAACAGGAGGUGAUGGUGGUGAGUUCCGAGCCUGCCCCCCAACCCCCAGCCCAAGCUCCUCCUGCCCCCGCCAUCCAACCUGGACAUCAACACCACCACCACCACCACCCUCCUCUGUCCCAACAGCCCCCUCCUCCCUCCCCACGCAGCAGUGAGAUCCCCACUCCCAGCCUGCACGGGGUCCCCAUGGCCCACUCGCUCCCUCUCUCCAUGAGUGCCAUGCACCAGAUGGGCAGCCUCAAUGUGCUGGACCGCGCUCGCAUGGCUCCCUUCAUGGGGGUGAGCCCUCUGGCGGCAGGGAGGGAGCGCCUUCCCCACCCAGCCUUUCCCUGGGACCCCCUGAGAGAGGCAUACCGCAGCCUGGACCUGCAGCGCCGCAUGGACUUCCAGCUGAGGGCCGAGCAGGGACAUCGCUUCCCCACCAUGUACGACCAGGAGCGAGCAUACCGCGAGAGGGAAGCGCACGACUACUCACACCACGAGCACCUGCUGGAGGUGCGCAGGGAGCACGAGAGGAUGAGGCAGCAGGCGGAGGAGCGGGAGCGCCUCCACCUACGGGAGGAACUGGACCGGGCACGCCUCCAUCAGCUGCACCAGUCCCCCAUGGAGGGCCACCUGCCUCACAUGCCCCCCUUCAUGCCCCAUCUGGGUGGCAUGCCCUACCCCAGACUCAGCCCCUCCACAGGACACAACGGCUUGCUCAACAGAACACCCCCCACCGCCGCACUUAGUGCCCCCCCUCCCCUUGUACCGGCGGGCAGUGCCAGGCCAGCCUCGCCCAGGAGGACUACUCCCCUCACCACCACCCAGGACCCACGGGACUACUCCCCAUCCCGCAACCCCAAAGAGGUAGAGGCACGGUAGCUUCCUAGACAGAAGUACAAACGCUUACUAGACGCACUCCCCCAAUUUGAUAUCUUAUUGUGAACAAAAUGCACUGCUUUUCACCAGAGAAGAGCAAAAUCCCCAAGGAAAUUGUAUGAUUGUACAAAGUUAAGGUGUUUAAGGCUGAUUAAGCACAUGCCAUGACUUUAUUUUCAGUGGACUGGAGGUCGAAUAAUGUCGGUAAAGAGAACACAAAUAUGUGUAUGUUUAUAUCCGACUUAAAUAUUUGAUAAUUAUUAAUAUAUUAAUCCAAUACCUUUUUUCGGCUUUGUGCGAAAAGAGAGAUCCUGAAAUGAGUUUGUACAUUUCCUAUCCUUGUUCCAUGUAUAGGUAUCAUUUUUAUGAAUUUUAUGUAUUUUGUGCAUUAGUCACUCCUUUUCCAAUAUUUAUCCCAGUUGAUUGUGAGACAUAUUCAUUAUGACCCACUCUAUGGACUGGAUUUUGAUUUCAACCUCCUCAGCAGUAAUUUAACCUCACGGUACCAGGAUAUCCUCAAUGAUGGCAAUGUACAAUGUUACAUUACAGAUUUGUUUCAUUCAUUUGUUUUGCUUUUGAAAUAUGCAGAUAAAUAUAUAUUAUGAGGUCUUUGUUCGGUCUCUGUAAAGAAAACUCAUGUACAUAACUUGUUGAUAUUCCUUCGCUGCAAAAUUACCAUGUAAAUUUAUUAGGCUUUUUAAAUGUUUCUAGAAAAACAAAAUUAAAUCAAACAUGAAAACCACUUCCCUGUUGAAUACCAUGGUAACAGACAAGCCUGGCCAAUGGAAGGGAAGUAUGGAGCGAGGGUGCUGUAAAGGGGCCCUAGAAGGAUCAUCUGCAAUCUAUGCAAAGUGGCACAAAGCACCCUAAAGGAGAGACCACCUGGAAGGAGCAGUGGAUACUGGUGAUACUGAAAGAACCUUGGAUUAACAUAUGUUUAUAUUUGCCAAUGGAAUAAUGAUGGAGUUAUAAACUUAAAGACUUCCAGGUCACAAACUGGACCAGAGGCAUACAGCCCCAGACAGAAAAAGGAGGACACUUUUUUAGUGGGCGGCAAAAGGACUUUCUCUGUCAACCUUGUGGUGUUGUGCAGUUGUUUUUCUUAGACUCUUGUAUACAAAACAAGUAGAGUUUUAGGCGUGCAAAAAAUGAAAAUGAACAUUCAUGGUUUAAAAUGUACGGAAUAAAGUUUGGAUCUAAUGUCA